CGAGAAUGGGUUCUAGUCCCCCCGUGUUUCUUGAAGACGGCCAACCAUUCACGUUUUUAAAAGAGAAUCAUUUGGAAAAUUCCCUACUCUUCAGAUUGAAUCCACCAUCAAAUAGUGUCAGUCUGGACAAAGAAACUCUUCAUCGAACAUGUCGAACUCGGAGCGGUUGUCGUUCGCUAUAAUCGAGCAUCUUACACAACAACUUGACAGUGGGACCGUGAGCGGUGACUCGGCAGAGAGUUUAGAAGUUGCUAUCCAAUGCUUAGAACAAGUGUUCAACAUAAACAGAGGUGAUGAAGCACAGUUGAAAAGACUAAAAACAGAAAGGUCUUUGCAAGAAAUAUUUGAUACUGCUGAAAAUUUACAGACAAAUGGUGGUGCAACAUCCAUGCACCCCACAGCUCAGGAUCGACAGAAAGCAGAGGAGCUCAAAAAUGAAGGGAAUCAGUUGAUGAAAGAAGAGAAAUUCCAGGAAGCAAUAAAUAGCUACAGCAGAGCCAUUGAGUUAGAUAACACAAAUUCUGUCUACCCAUGUAACAGAGCUGCAGCUUACAGUAAAUUAGGAGAACACCAAAAAGCAAUUGAGGAUUGCCAGAGAGCUAUAAAACUUGACCCAAGAUAUGGAAAAGCUUUUGGCAGAAUGGGGUUAUCUUAUCAAAGCAUAAACAAUCUUGAAAAAGCUAAAGAAAGCUACAUCAAGGCGAUAGAGAUGGAGCCAGAUAAUGUAUUUUAUAAGAAUAAUCUUAGCCUGGUGGAGUCAAAGCUUCAGGAAGGCCAGGCGCAAAGGGGCUCAGCUGGUAGUAGGCCUCAAGCAGCCAUGCCAAACCCUGCAGGAAUGCCAAAUCUUGGUGGGCUUGACUUUGCAUCCUUGCUGUCAAAUCCUGCUGUUAUGAAUAUGGCACAAACAUUUAUGCAAAAUCCUCAAAUUCAACAAAUGGUUGGCAACAUGAUGGGCGGUGCCGGAGGGGGAGGCGGUGCCAGUGGUGGUGGCAUGACAAAUUUGUUUCAAGCGGCUCAGUCCUUCGGAGACCAAAUGCAACAGACUAACCCAGAACUGUUUGAGCAGCUGAGGACCCAAGCACAGGCAUCCAUGGGCACAUCUACAAAUACACCGGAACCCACUAAUGAGGAGAAGGAAAGUGAAGAAAAGUGAGAGCUUUUAUUAUUGUACAUGAAGGAAGACAACGGCGACAUACCAAUAGUUGACUUCCAUUAAGAAGCUCUUGAGCCAAAUAAAACAACAAGUCAACCAAGGUCGAAAAACCAUGUGGAGUGAAAAUAUUGAUGAAAAUAAGAAUAAAUAGAACACUUGCA